AUGCAGGUCUUGGCAGCGUUGUGCUUCCUUGUCUUGGCACACCUGCCCCCCCUGAGGGGGGAGGUAUUUAAAAUGUUCAAGAACGGCCCGUACUGCCUGAACUUCUUCUACAAGGGCAUGGUGCCCAAGUGGAACGUGCCCAAGCAUCACACCGUCUGUUUGUGUCAGCGCUUAAACAACCGCUACCACUUCGCCACGCUGUACAACACGAGCAACCGCAUCGCCAUCUACUCCGCCUACCGCUUUCAGACCAGCAACGACAGCGGUCGCCAGGAUUACUGGUAUAUAGAGCCACAGCUUGUGAACCCGAACUGGAAUGCAGAGAUGAAGGAUGAGAAGGACCUCAGAAACAAAAGCAACGUUGACGUGGACUUCGGGAAGAAUCAGUCUCUCAACGCGGACUACAUAAAUGGACUUAAGUAUAACUAUACCCGUGGGCACCUCAAUCCAAAUGGACACCACACAGGGGACAGCCGUCAGGCCACGUUUACACUCACCAACGUGGUGCCACAGAACCGCACGCUGAACCAGGGGGCCUGGAAGGAGUAUGAGACGGAUCUGCAAAAAAACGUGCUCAAAAACUGCUCGAAGGCCUACGUGCUGGUGGGCGCCAUCCCUUCCAAAAACAACUCGAUCAACAAUCGGGUCAACAUCCCCGACUACAUCUGGAACGCCUACUGUUGCCUGAACAACAACAGCCAGCCCAUCAGCAGCGGGGGGGCCAUAGCUGACAACACUGAGAACAAAGUUGUCAGGCACACUCUCUCAAAGCUGGAAACGCUCCUGAAAAAGUACACCAACUCAACAGUGUUGGAGCUCUUUCACAAAAAGUGUGAAGCUUAGAGGAGUAUUGUAUGUUAGAGAACUGUAGUCAGACACAGGGCAUAUUUCACUCUUUAUAUUUUUCUGUGCCAAUUAACAUACAAGAGUCAUUUACUUCCCUGUAAUUCCCAUUGCCCAUAAGCUUAUUAUCUAAUACAUGCAC